AAAGAUUCUUACCUUAAUUAAUAACCACACACAUUCUCUUCUCCUCCUCUUCGACAAUUUGAAACUCUUCGCGUACCACUUCACACUCUCGUUGUUGAUUCCAAUGGAGGAUUGUCACGAUCCACUUCUCGCAUUCAAUGCUUCUCCGCCAAGUGAAAGCUUCUCUCCCUCUGAGGAAGCUUCUACAGUAUCAAGCUCAAUGACUUUAACAAUGGCGGAUCUCGAUGUAGACGGAUUGAUGGAAUCGGAGCAAUCUAGUGAUCUCAUAGCGUUAGACGAUGAACAAUCAAACCAAGAACUGAUGGAAUCGGAGCAAGACAGUGAUCAGAUAGCGUUAGAUGGAAAACUUGUGUUAGGGUUUCCUUUAGCAUCUCCGGAUCUAGUCAAUUGCGGAGGUUCACCUGAUAUACCUAGCUAUGAAAAUUCACCAGACAUUUCUCAGAAGAAGCUCAGAUUCUCCACUGAGCUUUCUUUAGAGAAUGGAAUCAACCGCCGCUCUGUGAAGUUCUCAGCUAUUAAUCAAACGUUUGGAUUUGAGUUGUCUCCUGUGUCUUCCUUUGAGUUACCUUCACCACAUGGGAACUAUAGGGAGAGUACAACUCCAGUGAUGAGUAUAAACUCAGGUUCUACAACUUUUGAUGUGACUCUGGAUGAUGUGACUUUCUUGAAGGAUGAGUUUUUCAGUGGAGGUGAAACUUUCACCACUGAUGCAGCUGUUGGUGAUGAAGAUGAGAUUUUUUUAUAUCAAACAGCUCGGAUUGGCGAUUUCACUUACAAGUUUCAGUCGUUGGAUCCUGGGGAUUACUUCAUUGACUUGCAUUUUGCUGAAAUUGAGUUCGUUAAGGGGCCAGCAGGAGUUAGAGUUUUCGAUAUAUUUAUUCAAGAAGCAAAGGUUAUAUCCGGUCUUGAUUUGUUUUCGCAUGUAGGAGCAAAUACACCUCUUGUGAUAGCUGAUAUAAGGAUGCUCGUUGGUUUAGAAGGAGAGUUAUCUAUACGGUUAGAAGGAGUGACUGGAUCCGCAACUUUGUGUGGCAUUUCUAUUAGGAAGGAAGCAACAGCUACUUAUUGUGAAGACACUGGAGUACUAGCGUUGAAAGAAAAAACUGACACUGUUCUGUCUCUGCCACCUCAAGAAAAUGUAGACUGCAAGAAAGAGAUCCAUGAGAUGAGUAAUGCUUACUGUGAGCAGCAGAAUAAAGAGAUGGCAGAUAUGAAGAGAAUGGUUGAGGAACUUAAACAAGAGAAUGAAAGAAAGAGUAGAGAAUGCGAAGAAGCAUUGAGUUCUCUCCGUGAGCUUCAAAAUGAGCUAAUGCGCAAGUCAAUGCAUGUUGGUUCUUUAGCCUUUGCUGUGGAGGGACAAGUCAAAGAAAAGAGCAGAUGGUUCUCUUCAUUAAGAGAUCUGACAAGAAAACUGAAGAUUAUGAAAAUUGAGCAAAUUAAGCUGUUGGAGGAGGCGUCUACAUACAAGUUGCUAGUCCAAGAUAUCAACGAGUUCAGUUCUCACAUCCAGUCCAGAGUAAAACAAGACGCAGAAUUGCAUGAAAAUCUCAAAGCCAAAUUUGCAGCAGGAGAAAAAGAGAGGAAGGAACUAUACAACAAGAUCUUAGAGCUAAAAGGAAACAUCAGAGUCUUUUGCAGGUGUAGGCCCCUAAACUCUGAAGAAAUUGAAGCAGAAGCAUCAUUAGGAAUUGAUGUCGACUCAACCAAAAAUGGGGAGGUCAUAGUCAUGUCAAAUGGGUUUCCCAAAAAGAGUUUCAAGUUCGAUUCUGUUUUUGGUCCUAACGCUUCUCAAGCUGAUGUUUUUGAAGAUACUGCUCCUUUUGCUACGUCAGUCAUUGAUGGAUACAAUGUUUGCAUCUUCGCCUAUGGCCAGACUGGUACUGGAAAAACGUUUACCAUGGAAGGAACUCCAGACAACCGUGGUGUGAAUUAUAGAACACUGAAAAACCUGUUUGAGAUAACUAAAGAACGAGAAAACCGUUACAGUUAUGAGAUUUCGGUUAGUGUCUUGGAAGUCUACAACGAGCAAAUUAGAGAUUUGUUGGUCACUGCUUCACAAAAUGCAUCUGCAGCGAAAAGAUUUGAGAUAAGGCAAGUGAGUGAAGGAAACCACCACGUACCAGGAUUGGUUGAAGCACGCGUGACAAGCAUAGAAGAGGUUUGGGAUGUGUUGAAAACAGGAAGUAAUGCAAGGGCUGUUGGUAAAACAACGGCUAAUGAGCACAGCAGCCGAUCUCACUGCAUUCACUGCGUAAUGGUGAAAGGAGAGAAUUUAUUGACUGGAGAAUGCACAAAAAGCAAACUAUGGUUAGUUGAUUUAGCAGGAAGCGAACGGGUUGCAAAGACAGAAGUGCAAGGAGAGCGGCUCAAAGAGACUCAAAGCAUCAACAAAUCAUUAUCUGCUCUUGGUGAUGUCAUAUAUGCUCUUGCCAAUAAAAGCUCUCACAUUCCUUUCAGAAAUUCAAAGCUCACCCACUUACUUCAGGAUUCUCUAGGAGGAGAUUCAAAGACCCUCAUGUUUGUACAAAUCAGUCCUAAUGAGAAGGACAACAGCGAAACGCUAUGCUCACUAAAUUUUGCUAGCAGAGUUAGAGGGAUAGAGUUGGGACCUGCAAAGAAGCAGCUAGACAAUACUGAACUCUUGAAAUACAAACAAAUGGCUGAAAAAUGGAAGCAAGAUAUGAAAGUAAAAGACGAGCAGAUUAGGAAAAUGGAGGAAACAAUGUUUUGUUUAGAAGCAAAAGUCAAGGAACGAGACAUUAAGAACAAAACUCUUCAAGAAAAGGUUAAAGAACUUGAAAUGCAACUACUGGUAGAGAGGAAGCUGGCUCGUCAACAUGUAGACACCAAGAUCGCUGAGCAGCAAACGAAACAGCCUUACGGAGAUGAAAACAACACAUCAAAGAGACCACCACUAGCAAACAUACCGUUGAGAAGCAUCAAGAUCUCGAACGAAACCUCAACUUCGAAAGAAAUAGUGAAUCUAACCAGACCACCACUCUCAGAGAGUACCACAAGCAUCAGCUAUGUUCUACCUCCUUUACCAAACGUUGGCGUCAAGUACAACGACCUCAUGGAGAAAGAGAACAAUCCAGAAAUGGCUGAGAGAUUGCAAAUAUCAAAGAGUACAGGGAGAUUCUCUAUUUGUCCAAAACGCAUUCUACCACCUCCAGCUCCAAGAAGGAGUACUCUUGUCCCAAUGCCAACAUCAACUUCACCAUCACGGCCUCAUGGCACUAGCCAAGUGCUACGCAUCAGCCCUAAGCUGCGUAAGAGUAAUGGGAAGAUGCUGAGCAGCAUACUGAGACGGAGCAUGCAAAAGAGAAUGCAAAUGAAACCUUACCAGAGACAGCAGCCUUUGAGAAGAGUUGGGAUUAAUGUAGGAAUGGAGAAAGUUAGGUUGUCUAUAGGAAGCAGAGGAAGGUUAGCUCAAAGAGUUUUGUUGACCAAUGCUCGUAAGGCAGGUCUAAAGGAAACACCACUGAAACAGAUACAAAAGGAGAAAGAGAGAUGGAUCUGACCUUAUGACAUAACUUCUCAUCUAGUUAUAUUUAUUAGAGGAUGAUUGAUAUGUAUUAUCAUCCUCUUGUGUUAGUUUGUGGAUUUGAUUUGAUCGUACUGUAUAAAUAGAUUUUUUGGCCCUUAUGUGUUUAUCAUUGGUAAUAGAGUCCCAGAUCCUUC